CUUCCACCUUCCACUCCUUCUUCCUCCCAGUUCCAUGUUUGCUUCAUUCUUCGGGAUUAUCCCUAAGGUGAAGAAGAAAAAGGAGAACAAGGAAGGAAUAACAAGAAACAAAAUAAGAUCUAUUUCUGUGAUUUAACAGAGACAGGAAAUUGUACAGUGGUGAAAGUUAUCAAGAUUCACUAAAGAUUACACAAAAAGGAGAAAGCGAAGCGGCAAAGGAAAGCGAUCCCGGGAACGUGCACCGCAUCUGCUGCUGACAGGUGAAUCUCGGUGAGCCAACAUGGACAAAGUGGAGCAAAUAAGGAAGAUGGUGAGGAAGAUGUCACCGAAGAAGAAGAGGCGAGAAGGAGGGGGAGGAAGAGGGGGUGGACCCGGAGAGCUGAAUGACAAAUUCUGCCGCUUCAGCCUCUGCAUCAGUGAUGAUGGCCCAUAUGGAAAAACUAAGGAUAUCUCUGGACCAGAACAAACAAUGGCCUGUAGAAGACACAGUAUACCAGAAGCUCUGCGGGGGGUUACCAUGGUGGAGCUGGUGAAGAAAGAAGGCAGCACACUUGGCCUCACUAUCUCAGGAGGAACCGACAAGGACGGGAAACCACGGGUAUCGAACCUGCGGCCUGGAGGACUUGCAGCCAGGAGUGACCAGCUAAAUGUUGGUGACUACAUCAAGUCUGUGAAUGGCAUCAAUCUGACCAAACUGCGGCAUGAAGAGAUCAUCAGCUUGUUAAAGAAUGUAGGAGAGAGAGUUCUGCUGGAGGUGGAGUAUGAACUGCCCCCUACAGCACCAGACAGCAGCUCAGGAGUUAUAUCAAAGACAAUCGACAUCUGUUUGCACAAAGAGGGGAACAGCUUCGGCUUCGUCGUGAGAGGAGGCUCACAGGAAGACUGGCACAAGUCGCGCCCCCUAGUGGUCACCUACGUGAGGCCAGGUGGCCCUGCAGACAGAGAGGGAACAUUACGUUCCGGUGAUCGCCUGCUCAGUGUGGAUGGUUUGCCGCUGCACAACAUCAACCACAGCGAUGCCCUCAUCGUGUUGGCUCAGUGUGGCCAGGAAGCUCUGUUCCAGAUAGAGUACGACGUUGCCAUCAUGGACACAGUGACAAAUGCUUCAGGUCCACUAUUAGUGGAAAUUGCAAAGUCGCCAGGAGCUACACUGGGCAUCAUGCUGACAUCAGCCAAUCAUCAAAACAAGCAGGUCAUUAUCAUCGACAGGGUUAAGCCUGGGAGUGUGGCAGACAGAUGUGGAGCAUUGCAUGCAGGCGAUCACCUGCUGUCCAUAGAUGGGACAUCGACAGAACACUGUACCGUCCUUGAGGCAACACAGCUAUUAGCAAGCACAGCAGAACUGGUCAAAUUGGAAAUAUUACCCUCCAAUCAGACGAGGCUGGCAGGGAAACAACAUGACACAGUAAAGGUCCAAAAGUCGGACCACCCACACUCCUGGGACCCCUGUGUAAACUUCUGUCACCCUUUGAACUCCACCCUGUCCAAUACAAGCUCCACCCUCAACAAAUCAUGGACCGCCUCCAACAAUAACACCAUCAGUAGCCUUGAUUACUGCAAGUCUCUAGUGUCAGCAAGCUUCUCCCCUGGUUCUACAACCACAUCAGGCCCGAGUAGCCAGAGCUCCAACACUUUACCAAGGCCUUCAGUUCCCAUGAGUCCACGGAACUCAUUGCUAAAACGACGGCAGAGAAAGAAAGAGCACAAAAGCUCCUUAUCGCUGGCAUCCAGUUCGGUGGGUCCAGGUGGUCAAGUCGUUCACGUUGAGACUAGUGAGGUAGUCUUAACAGGCGACCCUCUCAAUGGUUUUGGUGUCCAGCUGCAGGGAGGAAUAUUUGCCACUGAAACACUGUCAGCACCCCCACUCAUCAGAUUCAUAGAGCCCGACAGCUCUGCAGAGAGGUGCGGCCUGCUUCAGGUCGGGGAUCGUCUUCUGUCAAUCAAUGGGAUCCCCACGGAGGAUGGGACUCUGGAGGAAGCCAAUCAGCUUCUCCGAGACGCAGCUCUGACCAAUAAGGUUACACUGGAGAUAGAAUUCGACGUAGCAGAGUCAGUGGUGCCUAGCAGUGGUACUUUCCAUGUCAAACUGCCUAAGAAGAGAGGAGUGGAGCUGGGGCUCACCAUCAGUGCCAGUAAGAAGGCAGGUGAGCCCCUCAUCAUUUCUAACAUCAAGAAGGGCAGCAUGGCCCACAGGACAGGAACACUGGAGCCUGGUGAUAAGCUGUUGGCUAUUGACAACAUCAGACUGGAGAGCUGUUCUAAAGAUGACGCGGAGCAGAUCCUCCAGCAGUGUGAGGAGCUGGUCAAACUAAAGAUACGCAAAGAUGAAGAUAACUCAGAUGAACAGGAGACGUCAGGCAGCAUCAUCUACACAGUGGAGCUGAAGCGGUAUGGAGGCCCUCUGGGUAUCACCAUUUCAGGCACAGAGGAGCCUUUUGACCCCAUCACUAUAUCUGGCUUAACCAAGAGGGGCUUGGCCGAGAGGACAGGGGCUAUUCAUGUAGGUGAUCGGAUCCUGGCCAUCAACAGUGUCAGUCUUAAAGGCAAGCCGCUGAGUGAAGCCAUCCACCUAUUGCAAAUGGCUGGCGAGACAGUCACCCUCAAAAUUAAAAAGCUGCUCGACAAUGUAGAGGACAGGAAAGCAGCAGAAGCAGAAGACAUGACGGAGAACGAACUGAGUGACCCCGAGGAGGAUGAUUUGACAGACAGCCAACAGACCAGCAAGCUUUCAGAGCUGUACUCCACCACCAUACCCAGUGUGGACUCUGCCAUGGAGUCAUGGGAUGGCUCAGGGCUGGAUGCUGGCUAUGGCAGUCAGGGUAUGUACAACAAUCAAGCCCUUGGUAUUGCCCUUCAUCCUCACGAGUGGCGUAGCACGAAACAGCAGUGCAGCACUACACCACCUCUUGGACCGAGGAAGAACUACCCCUUCAGUGAUGGAGGGUUCAGUGAGGAUGAUUGGGACAAACCACCAGGUUUUAUCAGCCAACAGCCAGAUGGUAUUCUGCUGGAUCCUGAUGACAGUUUCUGGUGUCAGGCGCUUGAAGACUUGGAGACCUGUGGACAAUCAGAACUCCUAAGAGAGAUAGAGGCGUCCAUCAUGACAGGCACAGCCAUCACUCUUGGCGUAGAUGGUAUCAAUAAGCCUCCAGCUGAGCCCAUUUUGAGCCACAACAGGAUGAGCCCAUUGCGGAGAAAUUCUCUUCUGCACCAAGGAAACCUGCUCCACCAGGGCACACGCCUCCACCAGGGGAUCCUUCUGCAUGAAGGCGCACACCUGCACGAAGAGGCCCAGCUGCACCAUGACCUGCACCAGGAAGCCCACUUUAACCAGGAGGCUCACCUCCACCGAGAUAACCAAUCCCCCCUCCUGCACCACGAGCCAAAGCCCAAGGCCUCAUUGAGAGUGUCAGAAAGAACGUGGGAGUCUCGAAGGAUCAAAGAGGAAAUGCAGGGGAUUCUGUCCCCGACGCCUCUGGAACUACACAAAGUAACGGUGAUAAAGGACCCAGAGAGCGACGACUUUGGCUUCAGUGUGUCAGAUGGUUUCUUGGAGAAAGGAGUUUAUGUCAACAUGAUCAGACCUGAUGGACCAGCUGACCGAGCAGGGCUCAGACCCUAUGACAGGAUCCUACAGGUGAACCACGUGAGGACGAGGGACUUCGACUGCUGCCUAGCGGUACCGUUAAUCACAGAGGCUGGAGACAGACUGGAGCUGGUUAUCAGUCGCAACCCAGUGGCCAACGAUGACCCGGAGGACAAUAACAAUACUUUAGAUCACCCACUAGACCUGUAACACAUUCACAAAGACAAAGGGACGGAUCUCAAGACUUACAUACACAUGCACACACACACACAUACGUGCAAUAAUUCUUCUACAAAGAGACUCCUCUAAGAACACACAAAAAUGUGCAUGUCCACGCAUUUGUCCCCUCCCAUUCACACUAGAUUGAAGUUUACUGGUACAAGUCUCUGCAGAAAAACUACCAUGACGACCUCCCACUGCUGAUAACCCACAGACAACCAGUCAUUUUGAACUUUAUCCGUCUCGACUGACAUUGAUUCUUAAAGUUUUUAUUUAACUUAAAAAAAAAAAAAAAACUGGUGAAGGUGGAGGAGGUGAACUCAGCUGUUUACUGACAUUUCCCAGCUUUGAUUUUUCCAGAUGAAUCUGCGUAAUUAUACAAUACUGUCAAGGAGCUUUUUUUUUUUUUUUUUAUCAUUUUAGAAAAAGGCUUGUGAGACUCGGUAGAAAAGCCAACCAACUUUUUAUUGAGUGAUUAGAAAUGUUGUUUGACUGGGAUCUGCACAAGUGUAGCCAUUUAAGUAGUCCAUACGGCUGGUACGAUCCUGCGCCCAUACUCCUGAUCCAGUGAAAUUCCAGGUUUUCCCAGCUAAAACUUAACAUUGAAUACAACCGCAAACACUAAGAUGAGCACGGCAAUAUUUUAAAAGAAGAAAAUAUUUUUUGUCACCAUCCUUAUGGGCAGCCAUGCUGCUGCCAUUUCAGCAGUUCAAUCUCAGCGCAGGAUAAUUGUUAUUUAGAUAGUGAUUAGAUAGUUUCUAAUGCACAUAAUCUACAUAAUGAUACAAUGUAUUUCAAUAUGAUAUGAUAUGAUAUGAUCAGAGGCCUGUAACCAAAACUAAUUAUGUCACAUGCACUUUUGACUGAAAUUUUAUUUUAUGAUAUUUUCUAUUGCAAACAGAAUUGUGGCAUAAAAAUAUCCAAAACUAGUAGACUUAUGUUCUGCCCCCAUCUUAAUUUUAGAGAGAAUAUGAUUUAUGUCAAAAUGAUCCGUUUGGUGUGGAGGAAUGGCUCCAACUCAUGACCCUCGUCUGCUCGGGGUUUGUGUGUUUUAGAGACAAAAAUGGGCAGGUUAGCAUCAAUUUUAAAAUGUUUACAGUUGUAGAUAAACAAUGUGGUACAAGAGUUGCUACACUUUUCCUGAACUAGAUUGUUUUAGUUCAGUCAAAUGUACCCAGAGGUGCUGCUCUAACGUCACUCGUGUUAUUCAGUCGUGCUUUCCAAACCAGGGGGCACACUGCUGAAGCACGGUUCUGUGCGGGUUCUGGAGACUUAAUUAUCCAUUUUGCCAACUGCAAAACUCGCCAGGAAACUCAUUCACAUCCAUUAUAUAUAAAAAUAUUGUUUUGAUAUGAAUGGUCAGAUUAUGAUGAAUGAUAAAAUGUGUAUCCCAAGUCUUGCUCCGUCUCUUAUGCUCCACCACUAUCACCCCCUUCUAUCCAUUGUGUUAGAUCAAUGGAACAAGGGCCAUUCUGCAUGGAGUUUACAUGUUCUCCCCAUGUGUGCGUGAACUUGCAGAUUUGGGGAUUAGGCAAAUUGGACACUCAAAAUUGACCAUAGGUGUGAGUGUGAGACUGGAUGGUUGUUUGUUGGUCUGUCCGGGGUGUACCAUGUCAGCUGGGAUUGGCACCAAGGCCUGUGGGCGUGGAGUGGUCAUCCACUGUGGUCCUGUCGUUAGUUUCUCAACAGUGAAAUCUUAAACUGCUUGCUGCUAUCAGGGUCUCACAAAACAGACAAGAAGAAACAAUGACAACAUUGCAAACGAUUGCAUGGAGGAUUAAUCCAAGACAAUGUGAGGUGAAGCAAAUACAGCUUUCCAUUUUGCAACUCUAUGGCAUUAAAUCUAAAUCAACUGAAUGAUCAUUCUGAACCCACCUCGUCUCUCCCCUCCUCUUUUGGUUUUGUUUGCUAACGGCAGAUUCCUUCCACUUCUGUCACCUCCUGUUUUUCUACACGUUCUCUGAUUCCUGCCAAACUCUCCUCUCCCUGGUAAACUGUGGAUUUACAGGAAUGAGUCGUGCUGCUGCUGCUUCUGCAGCAGUAUGUGUAUUUGUAAAGUGUAUUUGUAAAGUUACAGGUUAGACAGUAACAUUAACAAUACUGUGUGGGUGUGGGUGAGCAAAACUGUGAUGACAUACACAAGACGGGAAUAAUAUGAGUGAAAAAGAGAGCGAGUGAGAGCAGGAACAGGACCAAUCACAGCUUCUGUUGGUGCAUCUCACUCUUUCCUCACAUUGUUACAUAACGCAGUUAGUUUCCAGCUGCUCCCUUUUAGAACAUCACAUGUAUGUGUGUGUGUGUGUGUGUGUGUGUGAAUGUGUGUGUGUGUGACAGAGUGAGAGAGCUAGGUGGUGUACAUUUCAUUGUACAGUGGUGAUAUUCAUCAUGACUGUUCACCUUCCUUUCAGAAUCCCCGAUGAGACUGAAAACAGUAUGAACUCAAGGUUUUCUGUGAGAAAACCUGAGGAAAGACGACCUUUUCAUAGCGAAUGAAAAAGGGUUUGACUCUUUCAAAGCACUUACUACAAAAGAGAAGCACACUGUUGAAUACCAUGCACUGUAAGUAUUUCCACGUUACACAGUAAACUCUUGUCUCAGUGUUUUGGUUUUUUUUACGCAGUAAAGUGGCCACAAAAAAAAAAAAUAAUGAUAUAAAAUGUAAACGUUUAGUAAAGCAACAGCUAAAAAGGGCAAAAUAAUUACAAAGUAAAGCCUUUCAAAAAAUAUUUAGGUGGUUUAUAUAUGUAUGUAUGUGUGAUCAGUCAUUCUCCCUAUGCAUUUCUGGGUCAAAGGUCAGUUUAAAGCCCAAUCAGGAACAGUAAAAGUUUUUUUUUUCUUACAUUUUUAUUUAAUCUUAAUUUACUACAGAAAAUAUAAUAAAUUGAAUAUUUACAGUUAAGUAGUUGGAGAUAUGUAGUUCUGUGCAAAAGUCUCAGGGCGCCACCAGCUUUGUUGUUAUGUCUGUACAAUUCUGUGAUCAUUGGCGUUUUGGUUGGUAUGAUGUCACUGGACGUCAGUCUUACGUAUUAGCAAACCCAUUCAAAGGCUCAUUCAGUUGUUCUUGUACAAGGGCAGAGGUUCCCAUGACGACCUCCCACUAAAUACUUGACACUGUUUUUUUCCAUUUUAUUUUGUUUAGAGAAAUGUUUGUGUUUAAAUUGCACACAUUUCCCAUUAUUUCUUGUGGCUAUGUUACAUUAAAAUAGUCACACUAUAUGGUCACUAUAGCAUUGCGAAAAGACAUGGUGGCCCGAGGCUUUUGCACAGUGCUGUAAAUGACGAACAUUUAAGUUGCAAUGCAAAUCUUUAUGUUUGUAUAUUGCAUUUUAUGACACUGUCCUAUGUUUUUACUCUGAAGAUAUUAACAGAUGUCAGUAUAAUAAUCGGGCAUGUAUUGCAUCAGCUGCAUCAGCUUCACCUAUUCCCGUCCGCCCCUCACACACUGUACGUAAUCUACCGCACUUUGCAGGCCCCAGGAAGUCGAGUCACACUUCCAUUUGAGAUAAGAACAAUCAAUUGUUUGGUUGUUUGCUUUUAAACCCUACAUGGAUUGUAUUGUGGGAUCUAUUUCGCAAAAGCACAUUAAGUAUAAAAUGACCUUUAUUUUGGAUGGUUUGUUGGUUUUACAUUUUUGAAAAACCAAUAUACGAUUUGACCAAUUAACUGCACUUUAGUGAGUAGGCAAAUUUGUUGCCCCAGAGAUAACUACCAGGGAACCAAUAAUUGUCGUUAGUUUAGUAUCAGAUUUACUUAAAAUGGAAACACAACUACUUAAACUAUUGCCAUUUUAACUUUACCACUGGAUUUGUAUUUGGACUGUAGUAAAUGGUAAGCUAACCAUACUGCAUACAAUCUUGUGUUAUUCAUGAGUUCAUUGGUGCCAUAUCCAGCUUGUUUAACGUGAGUCCAGUUAAUUAAGAAACCAUUGCCAUUACUGUAAACACAACAUUUCAGCCUCUGUUAGUAUCUUUGAUGUUCUCUUAUUUGUGUCUCCAAUCUUUUUUUUUUUCUAACUCUAAAUCCAUUUUAAAGUGUUGAAUGUUAAACUGUGUUAUGAUUCUGGAUUGGGUCCUUUCCUUUAUAAUGUAUGCGAUGUGUUUACAUUGGGUUUUUUUGUUUGUUUUUUUAAUUGUGUAAAGUUCUAUUCUAUGUAAUAUAGUAUUUUUAUACGACAGUAUUACUCUUCCAAGAACUGAGAAGAAAACACAACAUGAAAAUGAGAAAAUAAAAUGGAUGUCUUUAUUGAUGUUGUCAUUUUGUUUUUUUGUUUUUUUUUCUUUGUCUAUGAAACAAGGAGUGCACUGCUAUACUUCUCUUUUUGAGAAGAACAUGAGAAAAGAAAAACAAGAUAAUACAAAAUAAAAGAUCUACUUUUA